GCCCCGCCAUACCACACGGCCCCCAGCGCCGCGAGACGAAGCUGCCCAGUGCUGCACGUCCUGAUAUGCGCCCUCCCUCCUGCGCCCAACACCCGUGAGCCUCACACUCCUUGCGCACGCCGCUCUCGUCCGCCGCCCACCGCCCACCGUCCACUCCUCGCUGCCAUGUCGAGCCUCUCAACCCGCUCGCGGGGGACUGGCCACAAGAGGCUCAACAGCCUCCAGCAGAGCGACCGCCUGCAGCGCCAGGGCUCCUACACCCGCAAGCGUCAGAUCACCUCACAGGACUCCUAUCUAUACGCCCUGCGCGUGGCCUUCCUCACCUACCUCCUCCAGCCCCGCCAGAAGCGUCUUCAGCACGUCGCCGCCGCCCCCCGCCCAAUCAAUCGCUCCACGACCUCCAUGGCCGACCUGAUGAAGGACUUCUCCGUCAUCAGAGACUCCAAGAGCACCCGCUUCCCCCAUGGCUUCAUGGCCGAGCUGGACAAUCGGAUAACGGGCGUGCUGAUGGGCAAGGAGAAGAUGCCUGAGUUCAGCGAGGCCCUGGUCAAACGCACAUUCGCCGUAUUCCUGAACGUCUUCAAGGCCCCGCAAUUUCGAAAAUCCAUGGAGAAGGACCGCAGAGUGGAGGACUUGCUGCUGAUUUUCUUCUCCAAUGCCACCAAAGAGCUGCAGAAGGGGAAAUCGCCGACGGACGAUAGCUGGAAGCUGAUGGUGGACCGGCAUGUGGCGUUGUUCAUUCGACUGAUCAGCUCGACGCUGAAGGACCAUGAUUGGACAAGGGAUAGGCCUGAGCUGACGAGCCGGCUGGCAACAAUGGAGAAGAAGCUGCUGAUGCAUGACCAAGAUCUGUCUGCAGAGUCACAGCGCAAUGGCGGUGCUGGCGGCACCAGUAUCGAAGUCGAAGUGCCUCGUAGCUAUGAGGUCAAGGAUAUGCCAUUGGUGUUGGUUAUUUCGCGCGUGUUCGGCGUUUCCUAUCAGCAGGUUCAAGAUGAUAUAAACAGCCAUAAGGAUGUGUGGACAGAGCGGGCUGCGUUGCAGGACCUCAAAACUUACCAGACCUACCUCAGUCUCAAUACAAAGAAGACGCUGAACAGCGACGAUUUCGACCUGGAGGACGCAUAUGAGAUGUGGAAAAAGUCCGAGAUUCCAGACUUGUCUCAGAUGGUUCUGGCAAUCGUUCAGUCGAAUCCGGAACUUGCCAAGAGCACGCCAGGCGGAAGCCUACCACAAUUCAAGCCUGGUGGUGCGACAGAGUAUCAAGACAUGUCGAGGAAGAUGUCUGACCCAGAAAACAAUGGCUCGUCGUACGUCAUUGACCAGCCAGUGGACAUGAGUGCGCUGAAUCUACAUGACGAACCGUUGCGAGGAGCGACGGACGAGGAUCCAUACGUUUUUAUCCCACCAGAUCCUCGGGCAUACUACCGCGCAGUGCUGAAGGAAGCCCUUACGUACGAUCUUCAAGAUGCGGGCCUUCAGCCGUCUGAAGCGACUAGUGAAGCACCCUCUAUCAAACUGCUCUCCAAGCAGUCCGCCGAACUUCUGAAUGAGGUUGCUCUACGAUGGCGUGUUCCACAGUUCUCUCGUCUAGUCCUCUUUCUCGACGUAAUUCGAGAAAAGUACGAGGCCCAGGAGAUCGAUCUUGACACACUAGACGCUGCCUUCAACUACGUCAAGGAAGCACCAGUAGACAAAAAGCACAACCGAAUGAGCCACGUGUCACCAGCAUUGUUUGAUCGAACGAAAUGGACCGUCGCUGACUAUGCCUUGAAUGGGACAAUUUUGAGCUCUCUCCACGCAUGCUUGCUACGAGAGCUCUUUGAGGUGUUACUUCAAUGCUACGAGUCCAAGGCGCCUCCACUUGGGCCUAUCAUGUAUGUCUUGGAGCAUCAUAUCUAUGAAGAUUCUCUUUUCUCUGCCACACCGGAGGAGCUUGAUCAAUUCACAGAGUCACUAAAGGAAGGGCUCAAGUUACGAGCUGGCGAGGUGUAUCGCGAACUUCUUUCGAAGAACAUCCCAGACACAAAAGAAGAAUGGGAGUUCUUCCACGUCAUUCAGCUUGGCAAAGCCGUUGUCAAGCUUUCAGAGAGAAUUCAGAAACGAUAUCGGAAGAAUCCAGAGAUCAUGGGCGUCAAUCCUCUCAUGAUACUUGUUGAGGAGAUAUUGCCAUCAUAUGCUGCAGAUGCCAGAGAUUUGGUGGCACGCAUCAUGGACGUCGCUCAGGAGAAGCAAGAAGAUGUACCGAUUCAAGAUGGGUUCGAUUUGUACAAGGAGCUUGUUGAGAUCCGACGUAUCCAUGCGGAUGCGCUUCCAGGCCGGCAAUUUGCUUUCCAUAUUGAAGGACUAUUGCAAGAUUUCGUUUGGCGAUGGAUCGAGAUGACUGAUGCUAGUCUUGUUGGAUGGGUGGAGAAUGCUGUCAAGCAAGACCAAUUUACCACUAUUAGCGAAAAUCCAGUCGCAAUGGAUGAUGAACGGCACAGCGUUUCGGUGGUUGACAUUUUCCGGUCUUUCAACCAAAGUAUUGAGCAAAUCGUCGGUCUCAACUGGGACGACGAUCUGCAGUAUGCCAAGUUCAUGACCGCCAUGUCAAAGACUAUUGGUAUUGGGCUGGCAAGAUACUGCGAGCUGAUUGAGCAGCAAUUUAGCAAGGAGAUGGACCGCUUGACACCAGAGCAAGAGGCUGCAGCCGAACAGAGUCGACAGGAUAAAUGGCUGCAGAUGGUCAAAGACGGCUGGAACAACAAGGAGAAGAUGGAACCGUUCCAGUUCUUGCAAGAGUCUCUUGUGAAACUUAACAACAUCGAAUAUGCGACACUACGACUCGAUAAGCUCGAACGCGAAGUGAACGUAGAUGCAUGUGCCGAAGUCAUCCAAAAGCAUGCUCCUCCACUAGCUCAGCGCGCUCGUCGGUCUGAUAACUACGUCUUCACCAUCAAGAUUAUUGAGGCAGAGGACCUGAAGGCCUGCGAUAUCAAUGGCCUCAGCGAUCCGUAUGUUGUUCUCGGAGACGAGUACCAGAAACGAUUGGCGAAGACUCGCACUAUCUACGGCAAUCUCAAUCCUCGAUGGGAUGAGACUAUCGAUAUUACCACUCAAGGACCAUUGAACAUCAUUGCUACUAUUUGGGAUUGGGACACGCUAGGUGACCAUGACUGUGUGGGCCGCACCUCCUUGAAACUCGACCCAUCGCAUUUCAGGGACUUCAUGCCUCGAGAGUAUUGGUUAGACUUAGAUACUCAGGGCAGAUUGCUCCUGCGAGUGAGUAUGGAAGGAGAGCGGGAUGAUAUUCAAUUCUACUUCGGAAAGGCUUUCAGGACGCUCAAGAGGACGGAACGAGACAUGACGAGGAAAAUCACUGACAAGCUGUCUGCUUAUAUUCACCACUGUCUCUCACGACAAGCGUUACGUAAUAUGCUAUCUCGUGGCAUCACCAUGUCCUCUAUAUCAAGCUACUUCCAGAAAGCCCGUCCGCAGUCAGUCCAAACAGGCCCUACGCAACGAGAUGUUACCAACGCGUUGGAGCCACUAUUUAACUAUUUCAACGACAAUUUUGCUAUAAUGAAAGAGACAUUAACAGACUCUGCUAUGGUCAUGGUCAUGACCCGGUUGUGGAAAGAAGUUUUGGCCACCAUCGAGUCUCUUCUGGUUCCACCUCUCUCAGACAAGCCAUCUCAACAGCGCCCUCUCACUCAGCAGGAACUAGAUGUCGUCUUCAAAUGGCUACAGCUUCUCUUCGACUUCUUCCACGCCGUUGACGAAGACGGAGUAUCAUGUGGUGUACCAAUGGACAUCCUCAAAUCGCCAAAAUACCAUGAGCUCCAGAACCUCAACUUCUUCUAUUUCGAGACGACCGAGAACCUAGUCCGCACAUCAGAGAGCAUGGCAGCAGCGACAGCACAACGCCAACAAGCAGAACAGGCCAAGAUGAACCGCCUCUCGGCUCCUGCAGCCAUGGGCCACCAGUUCGGCGGUGCUGCUGGUUUGCUAGGCCUCCCAACCCGCAAGCACAAGACCAUCAUGCUGUCGCGUAAUCUGGGCACAAUGAGGAAAGCCAAGGAAGAGAAGAGAAAGGAAGCACAAGCUGACCCGAACGACGAUAUCAUUCUCCGUAUUCUAAGGAUGAGGCCAGAAGCGGAACGAUACCUGAAAGAGCGCAGUCGGCAGAAGGAGAGGCUCGCUGCGGCUGCCGCGGCCGAGAUGAUCGUACGACAGAGCCUGAACGCCGGGGGCGGGAGGAUGACGGGCACGUUGCCACGGAUGCGAUAAGAGUCGGUUUGCGGCGAAGGCGGUGCAUGCGGUUGAGCGUUCGAAAAUGCUCAUAUGGGGAAACAGCGCGCGUCUUACGAGACAAGGAUACAUGGGGAUUACCUCGGUACCUGGAUAUUUCUUUUGUGAUCAUCUACUGUGCGUAAUGACUCUCCUCACUAGCCUGGAGUCUGGAGCAUGGGUUGGGCUUUCGGCGUCGGAUAGGAAUUCAUUGGUUGGGGGACGGAUGGACUGGA